AUUUUUUAAAUGUUUUGAAGCCUGCCUCCUCUCCACAGAUGUCUACAGCUUCACACCAAAGCAGACCACCUCUGAAAUCUGAAGUCUAACGAAACCUCAGGAAUAGCAGUUGUGAGUUUGUUACAUGGAAUGAUGGCCAAAUCAAGAGAACAUGUGGAGUCUUUCCUGGAGGAGUUGAGGGAGCAGCUCACUGCUGGUGUGACAUCACCUGGAGCCACCACAGAGGCCUGUAUGUCACAGCAGCAUAGGCCCAUCCCUGAAAAUGUGACACUGGAGGAACAGAAGAGGGUGCUGUUUCACACUGGGCAGGAAGUAACGUCACAGUCCAAAGAUAGUGUCUACCACAUACUCACACAGGAGGAAAAAGAGCUUUCAGCUGAUUUAGAGCAAAGGCACAACAGCUCAAACAUCAAGCAAUUAGAAGAAAAAUCAACACAAGUCAACAUGAAAACCAAUUGGGAGACCAUUCAAAGGAAAAGACCACUGACCUUUCAACUGAUGGACGAGAUUGAGCAACACUGGGAAAGAGAAAGAAACGAAAUAAGAUGCCUUAAGACAAAAACAGAGCAACAACAGAAGGACAUUGACAGACUGACCGCUGAAAAACACAAUCAGUACUUGGUAAUAAAAGCACCGGGAGUAAAGGUGAUAGAUGUUAUCGAGAAACCUCAGAAGAAUAAAAAUGAAGCCACUCAAGAAAAAAUGCAGCCUCUGACAUUGCAAGCCGAGAUCUACCAAGAGAGGACAACUCUGGACAGAAGACAUAAUGAGAUCAUCAAUGAGCAAUGCAAGUUUGAAAUGAUCAAAUUUGAUAGGUCAAAAUUUGAGAGUAAGGAAGUCCAGGAGAUAAUGGACAGUCUGCUGAGUGCAAUGAACAAAAACAAGAAAAUAAUGCUUACAGCUAAACAGGCAAAGCAACAAAUUGAGAAAAACUUAGAGGAUGUAAAAGAAGAGUUAGAUAGAAAUAAAAAGGACAUAUCACAACAAAGAGAUCAAAUUGAGCAAAUCAAACAUAGUUUGAGUAUAAAUAUCAACAAGGUGAAGCAAAGGUGGAUAGAGUUUCAAAGAGACACUGAAAUACAGAGAGUGACAGUUCCAGAGACAGGAAGGAGGGACGGAAAGCAGGAAGGAACAGACACUUCUCAAAGUGUGAAGGAAAAACUCAGCAGAAUCCGACAAGAGAUAGAGAAAGUUUGGGACGUGCUGGAAGACAGUCAACAACAACUGGAUGUGACUGUGAGAGAGAAGCGGGAGGUUCAUACACAGAGCAUUCAAAUGGAAAAUGUGAAAUCUAACUCUCAACAGCUAAGACAAGACACCGAUACACACAUGAAAGUAACACACUGCGAAACUUUGAUUAAGACUGAUAUUCAGAGGCAAAAACAAGACAUAGAGAACAACCUGAGACAGAUUCAGUGGGAAAAACAUGAAAUAGAAAGAAUCAACACUAGAAUCCAGGCAGAGAGAAAAAAUAUCGAGAGAGAGAGGCAGUCGGCUAAAGCAGAAAUGGAUGCACUGAAGUGUAUGAGGGAGAGUAACGAAAGGCAAAGACAGGAACUCGACGACAAGUUACAAAGGACAAAGAGAGAAAUAAGGGAAUUGGAAGUGAUGAACUCUGAGAUUGAAAUAAAGAAAAAGGACCUGCUAAAAACGAUAAGAAUGAGCAGAAGAAAAAAACAGAUAAGCGAGAUGAAGAAAAAAACUGAGCAUGCAACCCAAGACUUGGAGGAUGGACAGAAUGUGAUGGUGGGACACAGGUCAGAGCAGGGGCUGGAGGUAAACAUGGAGAAGACACUUAAUCAGAAUAUUCAACAGGUAGAUGUAAUGAAACAUAAAGGAAAUCAGGUUGAAGACAUUGGAGACAACAUGGAGAUGAGCACAAAGAACAACGAGAAAGGCAUGGAGGGAAUGAUUUUCGAAGUACAAGAAACAAAGAAGAUGCUGCGUAUGAUGAGAGAAGAUACAAAGAAAGGGAAAAAAAUCUUUACAGAGGAAAUCAUAUGGAGGAAUUUUCAAGAGAAAAAAAAGAGGAGGAAGAUGGACCAAUGGCUUGAGAAGAUCCUAAAAGAGAGGGAUGAGUUAGAAAUCAUCAAGCUACAGAUACAGGGACAAAGAGAAGAGGUUCAACGUAAACUUCAAGAUACAAUAACUACAAUUCUGGCUAUGGGUGAGAUGAAAGCUAAUAUAGAAAAAGCUGUGACAGAGAUUACCAACAUCCAACUGGAAAUGCUCAAAACCCAAAGACAGAUGGAAAAGGACAAGGAAAAUGUCAGAAAAUACAUGAACUCAGGAACUAUUCAUGUGGACUCUGCUGUAACUCGGAUCCAUGAUAGGAGAUCACAAAUGCUUGAGUUUUCCUGCGAGGUAAUGCCGGCACCCUGUGGCAAAAGUGGUCGCCAUUUACUUCAAUUGUAUUGGAUUUGGCUGCAACGCCGUUUAACCCUGAAACUCCAAAAGUGUUUUGUGGUCAGACACUUCCGCCACCCCUCCAUUGGUAUAGUGAGACGUCUCCAGUGCACUCCAUGGGGUUUAAAGUUCUCUUUAGAACAACAGGUGGCGGAACUGAAGGUGAACUCGCAGGUCAAUACAACAAAACCUUAUCUGGGGGAUAACAGACCCAGUUCAGGAGAUGUCCUUGUAACGCAGAAAAAUGGAUCUCCUGAAUCAAAUAAUCAACCUGUGAUCCCAAGUUCCCUCUUAGUCCCUGAGGGUACACAAGAGACAGAGAUAGGAGAAUCAUGGCAAUCAGAUACGACGAGACAAGCCACGGUUACUGAUGCCUUCGGGGUGAUGUGGAAUGAUGAUCCCAUUCAGGAAGAUUAUCAACAAGCACAAAAAGUAGAGAAUUACAUAUUCGGUCUUAUCCAACGCAGAGUUUUACCCAUGCGCCCCUCCAAGCCCCGCACCAGCCUCUCACAUGAUGCCCGAGUUGUCAAUGUUGUGAGGCAGAGUAGUUUGUGCCGUAAGGAAGAACAAGAUUCACUAAAGCAGGUGUCUGUUCAACAGAUCUCAACUCUGUCCCAGUGUUCAGAGGGAGCUGCCUCACAGGCUUGCCAAAAUGUGGAUCAGAAAUGUCAUCUAGGGACCGAGUUUAAUGAAGAGGCCUCACCCUUUUACCACAACCACCUCCUCCAAAGUGUCCCGUAUCAACCAGGAUUUUAUCACAAGCCAAGGCAGGCCUCUAUGGUUCACACAUCCAGCUCAACCUUGCCAGAUUAUCUAUCUUGCAGUGUGCAGCCAGCCAAACAAGACUCCAGCAAUAGUGAAACCGAUUCAACCCUGAUUCACAACUACCAGCCAGCUCCAGCUGUGUCAAAGUCUCACUAUCCACCUUCUCCUGAUGGGCAGUUGGUCAAUGCAGAGUAUAUUCCAGCCCAGCCCUGUCGAGCCUACACCAGAGCUUAUGCCCAGUAUCACUCCAAUCCCCAGAAGGGCUCUGGGAUACUUAAACCUAGCAGAAGCAUGUUUUCUCCAGAAGGAAACCAUCAUCAUGAAGAGCAGCAGCCAACAGCUUCUCAGGUCCAGCCCUCCAGAUGUCGGGGGGGCCCAAAGAAGUGCCGUUUGAAUGAAGAGAGAAGUGGUGCCACAAAGAGGCUAGGGAAGAAGGCGUGUAGGUCUCAGUCAGAAAACAGCUUGCAAAGGGCUCCAGAGCGCAAGUACAAUACGGUAGAGAGGGAUGGUGGAGAAAGUGGGAGUGGUGGAAGGGGAAGCCGGAAUAGUCAAUCCAGGAGCAAGAAACAGCAGCAAGGAAGUGGUAGCUGUCGGCGCUGGCAGUCCAGUCUUGAGCUCAGCCAAGAUGAAGCUGACCAGCUGCCCGUACCAGCACAUGUGGCAAACCAAAGGGAGCCUUGUCCUAGGCGCACACGCAAAUCUCGUACACAUGCAUCAUAUGUCUCUCCACACCGCAACCAUAAUCUCCUCCAACACUCACACCAUCAUCAACCUAUGGAGUACCAGUUAGAGAGGGAUCAAGUGCCACUGUGUAAGCCAAGUGAGAACUACCUUCAUCAAGAUCAGGGUGAGUCUGAGUCAAGCAUGAGCGAGGCUGACUCUCCAGACUCCAGCUCUUUAUCCAGUGACUCAGAUGAAAGUGGUGGUCUGGUUUGGCCCCAACAACUCCCCCCUCAACUUUCCCUCCCAUCACCUCCGGCCCCACCUGGAGCCCCAAUGCAGCCCAAAGCUUUUGUCAAGAUUAAGGCCUCACAUGCCCUUAAGAAGAAGAUCUUGCGCUUCCGCACUGGUUCGCUGAAAGUAAUGACCACUGUAUGAUGUGGAAUAAUGGCCGAAAUAAAGUAAUAUGAGCUGUCAAGCUUUGGACUAUGUAGUAGCAUGACAGAACACAAACUGUGAACACAACAAAAAUGUUAAUUAGGUAUGAUAUGAAAAUCUAUUUCUACAUGGAAGUAGUCUGACCUUCUCUGACUGAAUUGAUCGGAUGGCUUUAGAUCACCCUCAACAAGCAAUGAAAGAAAUGGCUAUCACCAUAUCAGUUAUUUGUUUAACAUGUUGUAUGUAAAAUCGUUAUGAAGUGUAAUAGUUUGGAUGGAAGUUUGGAUGACUCAUGCUUUGUCAAAGGAUAGCCUGAUCAAAGCACAUGUCAACCCGAAUGUCUUGGAAGUCACAGUAUUUCAUGGUUUUAGCUUUCAGCCAUACUCAGAUAAAUGUUCAAUAUAUAAGUGUUUUUAUGAGCUGUUGGUUCUCAUGCAAUGCCAUUUUUAUAUUUUAAUGCAAAUUUUGUUAUUUUUAUUCUUGUUUUCCUUUUUGUGUGGAUUGUAUGUAUGAGUGAUCUAAGUCAGUUACAUCAGACCUUUAACUUUAACCUUUUAAUGAGUAACUGUCUGAUCAUUAACAUAACCUCUACACUCCCCUUUAAGAGGGAAUGUUAUUAUGCAGAUAAAAGAAUUGAUUAAAACAAAGCAGUUCAUGAUUUAGGUGGGAGGUGGGCUAGGCUAUGUGAGAGUCAUGAGAGAAUAGUGUACCGGUGGCGAUGUUUAACUGUUGGGUACAACAGAGGAUGUUCACUUAAAAAGUCACUUAAAGGCUCCAGUCAGCAGUUCUGACUGGAGCCUUUACUGAGUUUCCCAGGCAAACUUUUCCAGAGGGUUUGGACCUUGACAGCAAAGCCCCGGUCAGCUACGGUUUUGAACAAGGAAUAUCUAACAUCACCUUAUUAGAAGAUCUCAGGCUACGGGCUGGUGAGUACUGAUUUAGAAUUGUAACUUGAGGCAAAAAAAGCAUCAGCAAUUGGUGGGUGGCAGACAUUAACAUUAGCUUUACACUCUCUAAGGAAGGCAAUGGUUCGACCAGUACAUGUUUGCCGUAAAAAAGAAACAUAAAAUCACAAGCACCCUAUGUAAUUUAUGUUCAAUUCUGAGUAUUUACUGCCACUGAUGGCUCCAGAUGUUGGCUGGGGAGGUUGGUGGUUGUCAUCAGCCAUCAAUAACAGUAACUUGAAAGUGAAUCCAGGUCGUCGUAAACUUUAUGAAACUACCCUGUGUAAAAUGGUCAGAGACAGGUAGUGAUCCUCAGCUCUUAUUGAAUGUGACUCUUAAAAAAAUGUAUCCACCUUCUCUAAUUCUGUCGUUUUUUUAUAAAUGAAUUUUGGUAUUUAGGGAAGUUGCAUUUACACGACAGGUGUUUUCCCCAUGUAGAAAGAGGCCUAGUUAUUUUUCUAGACAGGUGAAAACUGCUGCAUGUUUAAAGAGUAUGUUUUCAUUGCCAUGAAGUCAGCCUUAAUUUUAAAAGAAGGAUCCAUUGUCUCCCACUUUCCCAUGCAAGUUUAACUCCUAUUUAUCCAUCAUCUUUAUCCACUCUCAACAAACUUUUACAUGUGCACAUUGUGUGCAUUAUUAUUGAUGUUAUUAAAUAUAUCUGUCAGACAUGGCCAAAUAUGAAACUGAAAAGGAGUGGUUCUGGAGGAGGUACAGGUUAUUACAAUACAAAGGGCCUCUGAAUUUGCGGAUGAGUUAAUUAUUGUAAUUUUUUAUAGCAGCACACGAAAAACAGUAAGAUACAACAGUAUCUUUAAAUUAUCUUUAGAAAAUGUUGGUGGGAUUAUGUCUCACUUACAGAGCAACUGUGUGCUAUUAUAUAUACCCUAUUGAAGGGUGCUGAAUGCUAUCCAUUUUUCAAUUCUAACGUUUUAAUAUUAAUAAUAAUUACAUGGUUGCCUGCACAAGAAUGUAUUUAAUGUUACAAUGUCACUUUCAGUAUUUGACAGUAUUAUCAUUUUACAUGCACUACCCAACUCACUAUGAGGUUCCUUUUGAAUAAAAAUUGUAAUGCGGUAUAUACAAUAUGUUUUAGAAAAUAAAGAUAUAUCAAAAGAUAA